AUGAGAGCGGCGGAGACGCAGUGGGCGCGUGCGCUGGCAGUGCUCACCGAGCACGAGUUCCCGUCUUCGAGGGGGCUAGAGACGCGUGUUGAUGCGUACUUGCAGCUGGAAGAUUUGCAGCGUCUAGAAGACUCGGAGGAUUCCGUUACGCAGCUGCGAAAACAGCUGCCGCCUCUUUUGAGCGAGGUGCGCUUUGAUUUACAGCAGACGGUACAUCGUGACGUGCGACUCGCGGCGCUGAAGUGUCUCUCAUACUUUAUGCACCAUCGGAAUCUGGUCUCUGUCUUCUCAGAUGAGCACUUGGUGUGUUUCUUUGGGGAAUUGAUGACGCUAUUGUUUACGACACAAGAUCAGUACACGUACAAGUUGUGUAUCUAUUGCCUGACAAUGCAAAACGUCUCAUCUGAGAGGCACAAGUUCUUGGCGCGCACUGUUGAAGCGCUGGUGCAGGCGGUGGUGAACCCGUUUAAAUCGCGUGCAAUUGAAGUGCAGGCACUGAAAGGACUUCAUUUGCUUUUGGUGAAGUACCCUGAUCAACUUGGCACGGAUGGGACGAUCUUGAGUAUUUAUGUACGUCCCGUUACCAGUCGACUAUCGAGUCGCGAGACGUCGACGAGAACACAAGCGCGACUGGUGCUCGAAGAAAUGAGCAAACACGCGGCAAAUUGGACACACGAGACGCUGAACAUGGCGCAGGACUGUAUGGAGGAGUAUGUGCUGCCUGUAAUGAAGUCGCACAUAGAUUGUCGUCGUCUGAAGGACGCGGUGUGUCUAUGGAAAUUGAUUUUGGUGUUGCUGAGGUCAAGAUUUUCCUGUGAUUUAGGAAAGCUGAACCAGGUUUUAUACGUUGCCGAGAAAUGUAUGGAAGAUAAAAAUGCAACUGUCCGUUUGAUGGCUAUGCAGGCGUGGGCUCUAGUUGUGGACGUGGUCCAUGAUCACCAGAACUGGCUAUUUAAUAAGACCGUCGUGAGUUUACUAGUGUGGCCUGUAAAGCUGUGUGUUGAGCAGGAACGGUUGUUGAACAUUGUGGAUACUGCGUUUUUGUUAUGGAGAAAGAUGGUAAGCAUCGCAGUUCAAGACUUUAACGUCUUUUGCAAAGCUCAAAAGCAGCAUGUUGGGGCAGGAUUACAGCGAUGUGUGCCUGAAUGGAAAUUCUGGUACAGUGAACUUGUUAUCAGUCCUUUGCUUACGCUGAUAGUACGGAGCAAAUACAGUGGAUCUACCCAGAUUGAGCUGAAGCAGUUUAUCGACUUUGCAAAAGACAUGUGGGAGCCUGAGGUGCCGCGAUCUGGCAAAAGAGAGUCUGAAGUGACGGGAUCUGGUAAAAGCAGAGAAGGUCUAUUCGAAAGUAAUUGUACCGCUACGCUGGAUGGGUCUUCUGUGGAAGCUAGAGUGGUUGUUAAGCGUCCCGAGACGAGUCCUGUAGCGGAUCAUAAUGUUACUCGUUUUCGCAUCACGUUGGAGUUGCUUGGUGUCGCCCUCUUGCUUAAGGACGUUUUCGGUGUUGUCCUGAGCCUGAUUGAAAUAGCCAAUAAAAGUUAUGGAGAACUUAUUACGAGGUACGCACAUGACCUGGCGAUGACUACAUGGAAGGGGUUGUGCCAUCGUAUGUUCUCCAACAGCACCCGCGACGGAGCUCUGUCAGCGUCAAACUUGGGCUUGCGCCUUGUGCGGCAGUCAAUCGAAUUUUCGUUUGGUUUACACGCAUGCCCGGCACUUGCAGCGAAGCCUGAGCAAUCCGCCGCGCCAGUUGAACGUAUAGGUGGGAAGGUUGACCGUCCAGACGACGCGGUGGCUGUUGUUACGUCGACGGAACUCGGCUUGGUGUGGAAACUGCAGUUGCUCACUCCGCUUUUAUCAUCUAUUGCAUUUCCAGGAGAUUUGCAAGCUGUGGUGCUUCACCCAAAGUGCAAAUUAUUCGAUCAUAUCACUCAGCGGAUGCACUAUCUUGAACAAAGAUACGUUCAGUGUGCGACUGUGUUAGAGAAAUGGCGUGGGAGAAAGCCUAGCGACCUACAAAUUGACUUUUCUGCCAGACCAAACUUGCUUACAUACCUGGUGAUAAAUUUACUUUUCGAGUACGCCAUACAUGUCGGUGACACGGGUUGCGAUCAUGUAGGUGAAAGAGAAUCUGUGUUGAAAUCUCUGGAUGCUGUCCUACGAAAACUUAUGGAAUGUAUACAGCUAAAUAGCCAGGUGGAGACUCACAAGCUAAACGCGUUAGUACAUUUUGUCGAGGCUAGCAUCGCUGUAGCUUAUAAGCAUUUCGGCGAUGGUAACGGUUGCAGUGUGAAGAGGAGCAUGUUGGACGAAUUGGCAAGUGUUUGCACGAACUUGACGGACGACGCUGGCGAAAGUCGACCCAGUGUGUCACCAGCGCUCGACUUGCACGGUUCUCGUGGCACUUCUGGCAUUGUCGUAUUCACGACCGCCAGUACGGCUGGUAUUCCAAGCGAUGGGUCUGACGCAGAAGAAAAGUGUGCUAACAGUGCUCCACACGGGGCUGAGUGUUUGCCAGGAUUGUUCGAUACCAACACCUCCUCGCUGUGCCUUCUUGGCGGAGAGCUUUCGAAUAUGCUGAGUGCAAACCUCGGUGGUCAUACCGCAACCUCUUUAACUGAUGGCCGAAAGCAGGCUCAACGAAAUUCUCAGCGAAGCAGAAGUCACAGAUCUGAUGAAAGUACUGGCUCUGAUAGCGCUUUGAUAGUUUCGCGAACAGGCGGAGAUGUUCAUCGAAAUAAUGGUGAGACUCCUGGUGCGAAGUAUUCGCAGGUGCAGCCCAUCAGGUCUCAAUCCGCUUCAAUGAUGCUGCUAAAUGAGCGAACGAAUCGCCCGAUAGUUCUUGACGUGUCACAGUGUUUAUACCCCGACCUAAUUGGAUGCAAGAAAGGGAUCUCAUUAUUGUAUGAGCAUUUGCCGAGGGCGUUCAGGCCAUUUUUUUCGUUGUGCGAAGUCAAAACGGUUGGUGAUUUGAGUGCUUUGUCGGUGGAAAAGGUAGAAAGUUUCGGUCUUGAUAAGCCAGUGAGCACCCUUUGGCGGGCGCUUGAAAACUUUAAUGGACGUAAAGAAUGCACGACGUUCAUGUCGAGUAGUACAUUCCAAAAGCGAAGCGUUUCGACCGCUGAAGGCCCGGCAAUUCUUGCGCCAUGUUUGCACAAAACAGCCAAGCGCCGGUUUGAAAGUGAAGGUAUCGUCUCUCUUGAUUCCGAGAAGAGUAAGCGCACGAAGUCGUCAUCGCUUUUGGAAGCCAGGCAUCGUGGAGUAGAGCCAGCGAGCGAAGGUCGUGGACAAACCCUGAAAUUAGCCAACAAAAUUACGCUUGACUUUCAAACCGGUAGCACCGGUGGGACACAAAUCGCCUGUCCUGGGGAUGGCUCACCGGAUAGGUUGGACGCUACUGAUGAAAACGGUGAAAGCGGAAAUGCACAAGAGAAAAUGAGUAUGUGUACGCUCAAGUUGCUGCAGCAUUUACGGAGAUCGGGGUCGUACAUGGAUAAGCUCAUUGCCGAAGAGCAGAGUGUGCAAAGUGAAGAGGCAAGUUUGACGACCGAUAUCGCAGCUGUUGGUGAUGUACUUGCGAAUUACCACGAAGCCCAUGCGUUGGUGUCUCGACUCGCAUUACAACUUCAAACAGUCGCUGAAGCAAGCUCCAAGCGAUGCCGUAGACUACUGGACAAGUGUAAACCAACGUGA